GGACCUUAAUAAUUAAGUUAAUGCCUGWUGUUUGAUAUCUGUUCAUUCGAAUGGCUUCGAGUUCUUGGGGAUCUCUUCCAGAUCAUAUAAUCGCUUCAAUUUUUACACAUUUUAGUCAUUCAGAGAGAUGUAAACUAGCAUUGGUAUGUAAAACAUGGCUUGAUGCCUUUAGAUCGCCAUCGUUAUGGCAUGCAUUUCAAUUCGAUUUUAUAUCGGCUGACGAAUAUCGGUACGAGUCGUUYCUCAAGCAACAUGGACAUCAUCUUCGAGACGUGAAAAUCCGAUGUGAYCAAGAAGAGAAARUCAACAGAGAAAACGCAUUAAAACUUAUCCAUGAUCUGCGGCAUCUAACGAAGCGGCGUAUCGAUGGUAUUACUGUACAGUUCAUCGGUGAAAAUCCACUCUUUUACGUUGGUCAUGAGUUUAUUCAAAGUUUACAAGASUUUUUCAGUCCCUUGCUUGACGAAGAUARGAAGUGUAAAGUUAUGUCUCGACUACGAAGAGUGGAUUUAUCAAAAGUCUCRGUAACAUUUGUCAAYGAUUUAUUUCUUUGCCUCGCCGAGAACAACAGUGAUACACUUGAAUAUCUAAACAUUCAGAAUGCUUCCCUUGUCUGYAAAGUUACUGCAAGCUGCAUCCUAAAGCUGGUCCAAAAAUGCCGGAAAUUGAAGUACUUGGCGACACACUAUGGAAACAUAAACGAUGAAGUUCUMUUGGCUUUUGCUGAAGAGGAAAGAGYUCCUCUGSAACAUCUUUCUGUCUUGUGUAGACGCGAGGAAAAGUACAGACUCGCCACAGAAUCCCAAACAUGGCAGACUGUCAUCAGGAAACUCCCAAAUCUUCGCGUGACACUUUGGUUUGACUAUUCGUGYCCAAUGUUYAAAGUUGACGGUAUUUUGAAGCCUGAAAUCCCAGUAUCAUGUCUGAAGCUUCUGAUCCAAGCAAGAGUUGUACAGUAUGUUUAUUUUGCAACCCAGUAUUACAGUAAAACKUUAGAGAAAGUUGCUCUUUCAACCACCAAUUCUCCCGAGUUUGAAAAUGCGCUGCUUCACCUCGUUUCAGCUUGCUCAAAAUUAACUGAACUCCACGUCUUUCAAUGCACAAUUUCCUCAAAARUUCGAGAUGAAAUUUUGCAAAUUCGUCCAGAAUUGAAAAGAUUUACACUUAAGACAAAUGAGGACGUCCCUCUGUACUGAUAUAGUUUAAUGGACAAAAUACUGACACUCAACAUCCAUGUGAAGUUUUGGGAACUUUUGUUGAAAAUCAGACAAAUUCUUUCMGAKCUGAAUCAAUUACCACUUCAAUCAAUAAUCAAAAAUCACUUUGCUGUUUUGAAAAAUACAGAAAAAUACCUAUAGGACUGCAAAAAUAUUACAAUUAAAAACAAUUAAAGCAUGUUUUUAUACAUACAUUUACACAAAUAAAAUGCCCAAAUAUAGGAAUA